AUGAAGAAGUACGGACUCCAGCUUCGAUUUCCGCCGGCACAGAAGACCUCGAAGCCAACUCCUCCUCGCCCUCACCCACAUGCCUUCGCUUUCGACGGCGGGGACAACGAGGAUGACAUCGAGAGGGAAAUCUCACGGCACGCGUCCAAGAACAAGUCUCUCCGGAAGAUCGAAGAGCAGCACAAACAGGCAAUGGAAGAGGAUCCCUCGGUGUUCGACUACGACAGGGUUUACAACGAGAUGAAGGGGAAGAUUGCGCGCCCCAAGGUUCAGGAUCGAACGGAGAGAAAGAAGACCUCGAAGCUAGCUCCUCCUCGCCCUCAUCCUGCCUUCGCUUUCGGCGACGGCGACGAUGAGGAUGACAUCGAGAGGGAAAUCUCACGGCAGGCGUCCAAGAACAAGUCUCCCCAUAAGAUAGAGGAGCAGCACAAAAAGGCAAUGCAAGAGGAUCCCUCGGUCUUCGAAUACGACUGGGUUUAUGAUGAGAUGAAGGGGAAGAUUACGUGCCCCAUGGUUCAGGAUCGAACGGAGAGAAUGUUCGAGGAGCAGCACAAAAAGGCAAUGGAAGAUGAUCCCUCGGUCUUUGACUACGACGGGGUUUACGACGAGAUGAAGGGGAAGAUUGUGCGACCCAAGGUUCAGGAUUGA